CCUACCACCGUCAAUUGCGCCUCGCUUGUCCACUUUCUACAGUACACCAUCUCAUCCGUCUUACACACAAAAGUCCACACCAUGUCCACCCGGAAGCGCACCCGUGACGAGGAGGACGAGGAGGAGCUCGUCUCCCUCCCCGAAGACGACGAUGGAGAAGAGGAAGAAGAGUAUGUCUCCACCGGCGACGAGGAUGAAAACGAUGAUGACGACGACGGAGAAGAGGAGGAAGAGGAAGACGAGGGCGACGAAGAGGAAGAGGGAGACGCCGAAGAAGCGGCUGAGCCUGCGGAUGCCCCAGUGAACGGCAAGCAGCCGCCACACAAGAAGCGCAAGACCGCUGACGAAGGCGAGGAAGCCAACGGCGACGUCGCCAAAGAGCAGGAGAAGGAAGAGCAGGAAGAAGAAGAAGAAGAAGAAGAGAAGGCCGAAGAGGAAGAGAAGGGAGAAGACGCAGCAGAGGCCGACGCCGAAGAGGCCGACGUGCCCGAAGCCGAAGAGGAGACGGCCGAUGCGUCUGCCCCGGCCAAGGCCGUCAAGGCUCCCGAGGCGGCCAAGGCGACGGAGGCGACGGACACGCCAGAGCCCAAGGCGGUGACUGCUGGAGGCGACGAGUAAAAGGAACUCUUUCAGAUGUCUUUCGGUUUUUGGCCUUCCUUUGUUUCGGGGUCGGCGACACAGGGAUUACCUGGUGGUUUACUGGCUAUAAUGAGUGUCAUCUACCAGUCAUGUACGUUGGCAUUUUGAAUGCAAGGUGAUGCCGGAACAACUCGAUAGUCCAUUAGUUGGAU